AUGGCCCCACCACCCCCACCUCAUCCACCGCUCCACAUUGACAAACUAUCCCUCCAAAAAUGCACCGUCCCUCAACUAAAGGCUAAAUGCCAGCUGCUCGGCCUGCAAGGCGUGUCCAAGCUGAACAAGGCGUCGCUCGUACAGAAGAUUCUUGACACGGCCGUUUCCUCUCGGCAACGCUUGCCAACGUCUGACACAACCGCUGCAGCUUCAUUGCCCAGCUCCACAUCCACCCCCCUCCCACAGGCCCAUUCCUCAACCGAUGCCCGUUCCCAUGCCCCGUCUACCAUUCCUCGGGCGGCGCAAACGCACAACGUCGGCAACAAGAAGCGCCGCCGCGGAGACUUGCAGGCCCUUGCGGCUACCAUUCCUUCCAACGGUCUUGGCGGCCAUCGUCACGGCACUGUCGAGAACCGUGUGCAGCACAUCAAGACUCAUUUUCUCGAACGCCUGUUCCGUCGCUUGAACGCGGCGCGUUCCCCUCCCAUCUUGUCGUCACCGUUCCCCACUCCAAUACCGUACCCCGAGAGCCCUGCCAGGUUGCUCGCCUUCUCUGGCUUCCACCCAGCGGUCUAUUCGUGCCCCAACGAGGCCUUUCAAGUCGCCAAGCGGUUCUGGAUCACGCGCGCGCACACAAUGUUCCAGCUCGGUUCGGCGCAGGACUGGUCCGUAAACGCAACGGGAAUGGGCAUUCUCAGUCCUGACCUGGCUACGUGGCCAGCGGUAACCGCUUGCGAAAUGGUCACCGAGGACAUCUUUGUGGUGACCACAUGCAGUUCCGAGGCACUUGCCGCUGCUGGCACCUCGACGGAUGAUCGCUUCCAAGGAGGUUCUACAACGGCACCCAUUUCGCAACCUCACAGCAACGUACAGUACCUCGUCGUCGCCGCCACUGGUGAGGUUAUUGCUUCGUCUCUUUCCGCCCACGAGGUCGCGAAUGGCCAAGAGGCAACACGGCCAGUGAUUCACGGAUGCGCGCUCCGGGCCGACUGGAGUGCCUUUAUUCAAUCGCGCCAGAGCGUCCCAGAAGCCUGCGAUCACCCACCUUUCCCCAAACCAGCCAGACCGUCACUCAUCAGCCACGUCAAGACCAAAGACGCGACGGCUUUCCCGCAAGGAAUCAACAAGGCAUGGGCUGGCGCAUUUGAUACGCCUCAGGCAGCGUUAGCCGUAGCAGCAAGGGCUGUCCUCGCCAGCUGCGCCCUUAACAGCUUGAGCGGCAUCAAGCUGGACGCGCUGCAAAUGGACGGUCUGUGGAACAACAACUUGACGUCGCCAUCCGCGUCGACCAAAAAAGAUAUCGAGCUGUACCUUGCCGAAUCCCACCACGUCCUCUCCGUUCACCUGCCCCCACCGCCCUUCAGCCCCGCGCUGGCCGUCGUGCACCGCGGCAGCGGCAAGUCCGACUAUGUGCUCCGCGACACCGGUCACGUGGUCGGCGACGAAGAUGGAGGCGUCACACCGCUGUGGCAGGGCCUGCUGGGUGUAGACUACAAGGGUGUCGAGGUAGCAGACGUCAUGGGGUUCUGGCAAGGAUGGGAACGCCGUCUGCAGGCGGAUGUGGUCUGA